GCCUUGAAUUCAAAUCUUCGUUCAGCUUCUGGGUCCGCAUUUAGCUGCGAACUGUUCCCAAUUGCUCGCUUUUUCCAUCGUUAACAGCGGUGAGGAGCUCGUGUACUUGAACAAGUUGAUUGGUCGGUUUUGUGAUUUGGACGCUUGGGCACCUCAAUGGAGUUUGAUCUCUCCGAUAGCAGUGGAACAGAUGAUGAUCUUCCUCCUUCCCAGCGAAGUAGAUUUCAACGUCCAGAGAAUGCUGCUGGAAAUGGAAGAUCAGCAAUUGUAGGCUCUGGUCCAUUUCCUAGGAUGCAGAAUGACAUGGAAACCCAGAUCCACAACAUUGAGCAAGAAGCAUACGCCUCUGUCCUGCGGGCUUUCAAAGCACAAUCUGAUGCAAUUACUUGGGAAAAAGAAAGUUUAAUUACAGAGCUUAGGAAGGAGUUAAGAGUAUCGGAUGAAGAACACAGAGAACUUCUAUCCAGAGUCAAUGCCGACGACAUCAUCCGCAGGAUAAGGGAGUGGAGAAAGGGAAAUGAACUCCAAGCUGGCAUAGUAAAUACUGCUCAACAAGUUCAUGACCGCAUACCCAGCCCUACCGUUUCAGCAUCUUGUAAGAAACAAAAGACAUCACAAUCUGUGCCUUCAUUAUCCUUGGGAGCACCAUCCCCAGCAGCUCAUGAAUCUAUGCAGCCAUCAUCUUCCGCAUUGAGGCAUGGGCCUCCAUCAGGACCAAAGAUCAAAAAGCCAAAAUCAUCCAUACAGUUCCCUUCUACAGGUCAUACUAACAGAAGCCAGGUCACUAAUCGGGGGGGUUCUUCAGGUGCCUUUGCAGCAAAUGAAUCUGCUGAAGCAGCCUCUUAUCAUCCUUGGAUUGGAAGGAAAGUUUGGACAAGGUGGCCUGAAGACAACCACUUCUAUGAAGCUGUUAUAACUGACUACAAUCCUGCGGAGGGAAGGCAUGCAUUGGUCUAUGAUAUGAAUUCAGCAAAUGAAACAUGGGAGUGGGUCAAUCUUAAAGAGAUGUCACCAAAAGAUAUUCGUUGGGAGGGUGAAGAUCCCGGAAUACAUCGUAAAGGUGGCCAGCCUGGUCCAGGUAGAGGGAUGAAGAAGUCUAUGUCUCGUGGUGGUGCAGUUGCUAGUGCUGGAAGAGGUAGGGGAAUGACUAAGGUUCAGCCUAAGAAAGAUUUUACUUUGUUGCAAAAUGGGAGCAGGAAGAAGCCUACAGGUGAUUUUGAGAUACUCCACACAGAUACCCUCAUCAAGGAGGUUGAAAAGAUUUUUAGUGCCAGUCAUCCUGAUCCCAUGGAAAUGGAGAAAGCAAAGAAAAUGCUAAAAGAACAUGAACAGGCCCUUGUCAAUGCAAUUGCCAUGCUCGGAGAUGCAUCUGAUGGUGAAAGUGAUGGAGAGCAUCCAUUUUCGCAAGGGCAGACAAUGGAUCAGGAAAUAGGCUGGAAGAAACGACAGUAUGAUAACCUGGGUGGUGUUAAGAGUACUUGACGGUUUAAAUGGUGAUAAAUUACCAAAAGAGACCAGUGCUCCAUCUGAGUAUCCACACGAAGUCUGCAAUGACAUUCAGUAGGCUUGUACCAUUGUAAUAUGCUAUGUUUUCUAUUGUAUUUUUGCGGAUUUCUUCCUUUAUC